CACCUCUUCCCGUCUUCACCACUCCCAUGUCCCAACUGUGGACACCAUACCGGGCACUGGGCCUGGUCUCCGGAGAGGCACCGUUCUUCGUCGAGCGGCGUGGGACCAAGUCGUUCAUCACCACGCCUGUCGGCUCGUCGUUCCAUGUUUACGAUGCUGACAAGCUCCGGCUGGUCUUUGUCGGCCCGCACAACCGGGCGCGCAACGCGUGCGCUGUCUCGGUCAAGAAUGUAGUUUAUGUUGGCUCGGCUCACUUCAUCGUCGCUUACCGCCGUGGUAAGGAGAUCGCCCGCUGGUCGGUCCUCACCGAGUCGGACGUGCCGCGCGAGGAUCUGCCCGAUGCGCUGGUUGUCUCGCAGCUCCACGUGUUUGGCCUUCAUCUCAUCUCCAUCUCCACCGACAACGUGCUGCGAGUUUGGGAGACGCAUCCGGUGCGGCUGUACGCCGAGCUUGCUCUGCCCAAGGACGAGUUUGAGGUGACGACCAUGAUUCACCCGGUGACGUACCUCAACAAGAUUGUGCUCGGCUCGCGGCAAGGCGCGCUGCGGCUGUACAACCUGCGAACGCUUCAGCUUGUGCACGAGUUUGCGCCGUUUAGCUCGCGGGUUGUGGACGAUGCUGGUGAGGCUGUGGCCGAGCCGUCGGCGGUCCUGUGCAUGGCGCAGUCGCCGGUGGUAGACGUCAUUGCGGUCGGCUGCGCCGACGGUUCGAUCUAUGUCGUCAACCUGCUGUACGAUGUUGUGCUCAAGACGUACGCGCACGAGUCGUCGCCGGUCACUGCACUUGCGUUCCGCAACGACGGGCCGGGCGUCCUGGUCUCUGGCGGGCUCGGCGGCGAGAUCACGAUGUGGUCGCUCGACCACGACCGGAUUGUGGCCUCGGUCCCGUACACCCACUCGUCACCGGUGACAUGCAUCAAGUUUCUGGAGGGCGAGCCGCUCAUGCUCACCUCGGGUCGCGACAACAAGCUCUCGAUGUGGGUGUUUGACCAGCCCGACGGCUCGCCUCGGCUGCUGCGGUCGCGUUCGGGCUUUGCGCGGCCGCCGCAUCUGGUGCGCUUCCACGGUGGCGAUGCGCGGCACUUGCUGGCGGCAUCGGAGGACCGGUCGCUGCGGUUCAUCUCGACGAUCAACGACGCGCAGUCACGCGAGAUCUCACAGGGCUCUCUGGCGUCCAAGGCGGCCAAGACCGGACGGACGGUGGAAGACCUGCGAAUCAAGACGGUGACGGCUCUGGCGUCGGCGUCGAUUAAGGAGCGCAAGUGGGACUCGAUCCUCACCACUCACGCCGGUGUGGGCGCAGCCUUCACCUGGUCGUUCUUCCACAAGCGGAUCGGCAAGCACAAGCUCAAGGUCAACACAACCGGGCCGCGUCACGAGUCGUCGGCGGUGACCAUUUCGGUCUGCGGGCACUACGGCGUGGUCGGCACGUCGACCGGCCUCGUCGCCCGGUUCAACAUGCAGUCGGGUGCGCGGCGCGGCGACUUUUCCGACCCGUCACUGGACGGCAAGGCCGCGCACACCAAGCGGGUGACCGGCCUCGCCAUUGACGCAGUCAACCUGCUGCUCAUCUCGACCUCGCUCGACGGGACGGUCAAGUUCUGGUCGUUUGCCAAGGGUGAGCUCCUCGACACCAUUGCGCUGGACUCGCCGAUUGUCAAGGCCUCCAUCCACCGCGACUCGGGCUUCCUUGCGCUCGCGUCGGACGACCUCACGCUGCGGAUUGUGGACAUUGAGACGCGGCGGGUAGUGCGCAGUUUUGAAGGUCACUACAACCAGAUUACCGACCUGUGCAUCUCGCCGGACGCGCGGUGGCUCAUCUCGUCGUCGAUGGACUCGACGCUGCGGGUGUGGGACCUCCCGACCGGGCGGGCCGUCGACUGGGUCCGCUUUGAUCGGGCGGUCACGUCGCUGGACAUGUCGCCAGACUCGGCAUACCUGGCGACGACGCACGUCAACUCGCAGGGCAUCUUCCUCUGGGCCAACGCCCACCACUUUUCCUCGGCGCGGCUGGUGCCUGUUGACGAGAGCCUCACGCCCGGCCAGCUCCCGCUGGUUCAGGUCAACACCUCGCUGCUCGGCAUUGACUCGGACGCAACCGAGUCAGGCGAGUCGUACAUGGGUGCGCGCUCACUGAUGACGCUCAUCAAGGACCAGGAAGCGGCGGCGGACGCGGCAGCGACCAAGAACGGGUCGGGAGCUGGGUCGGCCGCGGCGUCGGGCUCCGAGCCGGGCGCGCCCGGCGAUGCCCAGCUGGAUCCGCGGCUAGUGACGCUGUCGUCACUGCCGGCGUCGCGGUGGACAAACCUGGUGCGAAUGGAUGAGGUCCGCGAGCGCAACCGCGCGUCGGACGACCACCUUGUUCUGCCGGAGAAGGCGCCGUUCUUCCUCGCCACCAAGGCUGGCCUCGAGCCCGAGUUUGAUACCUCGGUCAUCGACGAGAUGAAGGCCGAGGCCGAGGCUGUCCGCAACACGGCCAAGUCGUCGCGUAUCCUUGACCUCGGCUCGCUCAAGUCGACGUCGGGUCUGUACAAGCACAUUGCAAGUCGCAACUUUGACGCCGCGCUGGCGUGGAUCACCAAGUCGUCGCCGGCGCGGGUCGAUCUCGAGUUGCGCACCAUGUCCGAUCCCGAUGACCUGGUUGCCGUCGUCCAGUUCCUCACCUGGGGCCUCUCCACUCUGGCCAACUACGAGCUCUUCCACUCGCUCGCUCAGCUCGUCCUCACCGUUCACCAGGAGACGCUCCUCGCCGGCGAAGCUGGGCUGGAUGCCGAGCUUGUGGCGCUGCAGGCUGCUAUGGCCGACCCGCUCGACACGCUCGAUGCCAUGUUCAACGCCUCGCUCUGCAUGGUCAAGCAUGUGCGUGGCAUCCAGUAAAGACACGGAUGGCAAGG